ACAAAAGUCGAUUGCUCGGGUACCUCUGUCUUAUUCGUGUUUUUACCGUGAAGCAGCAGUGUUUGCAUGGCUGUGUUUCGGUUUGAAGGGUGGGAUAUGGCGUGAAUUUACUGGGUACAGAGGAAUAACAUCUGAGUCCUCAGGAAUGGCAACGCAGGGGGGGUAUUAUGGGCGAAACAGUAUACUCUGUUAUGUCCAUGGUACUGCUCAUGUCUAUAGGCGACGGUUACCACUUUCCAUUAGGUGGGCCGUCAGCUUGUUUGCCAUUCUAAGUUGUAUAAAAAAAGAAAAAAAAAGUUAUCUUGAACUCCAGAUAAACAAAUACUGAUACAGCUGACGAUUCUCACAGUAUGUUUACCUUUGAUUCAUAAUCGAUCAAUGCAUCGUUUCAAUCAAUCAACAUACCUAUAAACAAACAUACCACCUCUCAUUUAAGAAAAGAGCAGUUCUCACAGAACUGCUUCGAGGAAUGGACGCGAAAACUUGCUGUAUUAUAAUAUUACUAAUACCGGCAAUUAGUGAAGCAUGGAAAUCCCCAGGAGACGAGAGAGGAGACGGCCGUGACCUUCGUAGACGUCUUCAUUACCAUUCCAAAAGACACAUGCUGCCUCGCGACAGUGAACCAAAGAGACGUCCCACUACGCAGCGCCCCAGAGAGUUGAGAAAAAAGCCAUCGGGUCACUUAACGCCUCUCGACGAGGACGACAUGGAAAAUGACGAGGUCGUUUCAGUCGCCAUCGGCCCCCCGCCAAUCAGGCCAAAAUACGACAAAGUACUUCGGAAGCACUCACCAAACCUUGAAAAAAACGUGACAAAUAUUACAACCACAAAUCUAAUAAGAAACAUUUUGACUCAGCUAGGGAGCGAGUUUUUAACCCACCAAGUGAACGAAGAUUUUGUUUUUGGACAAUACGUGGGGAUUGCGAUGAGGAAUUUGACGGGUGAACUUCGAUUGAAGAUGCAACAUGAAAUAUUGGAUCUAAUAGUAAAAUAUCAGAAGAUUAACCGUGGUGACGUGUUGAAACCAGAGGAAAAAACUGAAAGCAACAAAGAAAGUACGUUGCAAGUAUUGAAAGAAUUUAAAGGAGAGAAAAAGACUGUUUCAAAUGAUUCAGACAGUGUCGGAUGGCCAGAUUUAACAAAUUUAGCAAAAAUCGUAGGUUGAAUAGAUGCUGAACUUUAUAAAACAAAAUAUGCUUUCCUGGCGAUCCAUUCAUGAAAAUAUAGAAAUACUGGCUUGUACACUAAACAACGUUACAAAGACAAAUUUAUGAACUAUUUUUUUUAUAAAAUCCAA